AUGCAGAGCGCGCGAACGAAGCAGCUGCUCAUCUUAGGAAGCAGACGAAACCGCACGAACGAUCUCCUUCGAGAGCUCAGCGCUCAUAAAGCGCGCGAGUCCAAGCGAUGUCCUCGACUGCGCACGAGUUCAACCUUUGACAGCUCACCAGGAGGUUCAGCACAUCGUAGAGGGACGCGGAAACGGUUGAAAUCGGUACGAGCGAAGGUCGAUACGGGAUUACAUCGACGUAAGAUCGACCGCGCGUUCGAAGAUGACGAACCGGCGACGAGCUCUCUUGUUGAGAGUUUUGAUAAGACGACGGAAGAGGUUUUGUCGCGAGCGUUACCGUGCGCCUCCUCGCGAACAGAACCCUCCGUGGAACCCGAGGUUGAGCCAGGCGCUAGUGAUUACGAGGAGGAAAACAAUCAUCAGCUCCCAAUGCGAACGCGCAUACGAAGAAAGUGUGCCCGAGACGCGCGGGAGGCGCUCGGUGUUUUAUACGAGAGGCCGCUCAGUCCUCGUUCCGUGAACAAAUUUUGUGUAGCCUUGGAAAUGAUCAGGGCUCAGCGCGCGCUCAUCGAGUCAGAUUUGUUUCACGAAAACGUUCUUCACGAAGAAUUCGGUUCUGAAGACGCAGAAAAGCAAGACGAAGAUUCAGUGUCGGACGUCGACAUCGUGGAGGAAUACGACGCCAUGGAGCAAAUGAAUGAAGAAUUUGGCUCAGUCUUUGGAGCCGUGGCGCACGAGUCCAAGGACUUACUCAAGCGUGAGAUGGGAGGAGCGAACAAAGUGAAUUUGCAACGGCUCGAAAGAGAACUGAUCGACCAGUACCCAUCGAUCCGAAACAUUUUCAGGUACUACUCGAGUAUGCUCUGCGCUUUUGACGAGAACAUCACCGCCGCCGAGCUCGGCAGCAUGACGCUUUCGGACUGGAUGACGUUCAUGAAGGACUGUAAGCUCAUUGGAUCCAACUCGAGACAUCAGUUAGUGAAAUCAAGCGCUGAAUUACUUUUUAUUCGGUUGAAUUGGGUCACGGAUGAUCGCGGACGAAAGGUAAAGAAUCAAGACAUGUCGAACAGUGACAGGACACUCAUCAUGCCAGAGUUCAUCUGUGGAAUCAUGCGCCUGGCUAAGCAAAUCGGGGAACGACAGGAUACUUUCGGCCUCACCGUCAGCCGAUUCAUCCACGACGUCGUGUGUCCUCGGGCGAAAUCGAUCGACGUCGAAGAGUUUCGAGUCCGAAUGCGGUUUCGCUCAGUCCAAAAGACGCUCCAGAAACAUAGCGUCGAGAUCCAAAACACGUUCGUAAAGUACGCUGCCGCAGAGGCUAAAUCAGGCGUCGGCGCAGGGCUCGAGACCAUGGACCUGAAGGAGCUCAUGUGCCUCUGUCGGCACCUCGAAAUCGUGAGCUUCAACGACGUCGAUCGUCACCUCCUCAGCCCGCUCGCGGUGCAGCACGCGUUCGCGCUGAGCCAACUCCAAGUCGUCGGCGACGACGCAGGUGAGAUCGACUCCAAGGAAUUCGUCGAACUCAUCUCCCGCGUCGCCGAGAGGUUCUUCGACGUCUACUUUGCCGCCGUCGCCGACGCUGAGGCGUCCCUCCGCGUCCGUCGCCUCAUCCCGGAAUCCAUCGCGCUCUCGUCCACGCUCGCACCGAGAACGCAUGACGAAAUCACGCUCGCGAUCAAGCUCAGAUGGUUCUUACCGCGCCUCGCGUCGACGUCGCGAUGA